CAAUAACUCCUGCAAGCGACUUGCUAGUGUAAACCCAGCGGAGAACCGCUUCCUUUUCGCUACGAACAUCUUUGCUUAUGUUGAUAACACAGUGAUGUAGCGGGGUAAGGCUAUGCUAUCUCAUGUUGUUACGUUGGCCGAAGGCAGUUGAUCGUAGAACUUCACAGUGCUUAAGCAGUGCGUGUCACGAGAUACACACACAUUCAUAAUGAUUAAAAAUCUUGUCGGUCUCGUGACAGGAGGUGCCUCUGGUCUUGGGAAAGCAACAGCAGCCCGCCUCGUGCAGCAAGGAGCCCGUGUUGUCAUCUGUGAUUUGCCCACCUCUCAAGGAACAGCAGUUGCAGAAGAGUUAGGCGGAAAUGCUAUAUUUGCGCCUGUAGAUGUAACAUCUGAAAACGAUGUUCAAAAUGCUCUCAAUGUUGUGAAAGAUAAGUUUGGACGUCUGGAUGUCUUGGUCAACUGUGCUGGUAUUGGCGUCGCUUUUAGAACCUAUAAUUUUAAUAAAAAACUAGCACAUAAGCUGGAAGAUUUCACAAAAGUUGUAACAGUCAAUGCCAUUGGGACAUUCAAUGUGACUCGUUUGGCUGUAGGUUUGAUUGGAGAAAACCAACCUAAUGAAGAUGGCCAGAGAGGAGUAGUUAUAAACACUGCUAGCGUGGCAGCCUAUGAUGGACAAAUAGGACAAGCAGCUUAUUCUGCAAGCAAGGGAGCUAUUGUUGGAAUGACCCUGCCAAUAGCGAGAGAUCUUGCAAUACAAGGGAUUCGUGUUUGUACAAUUGCUCCAGGUCUGUUUGAUACUCCACUGAUGUCAGCACUGCCUGAGAAGGUCAGAGCUUAUUUGGCGAAAAUGGUACCGUUUCCUCAAAGAUUGGGUAAGCCAGAAGAAUAUGCAAUGAUGGUGCAGUCUAUAAUAGAAAACCCAAUGAUGAAUGGUGAAGUGAUCCGUCUUGAUGGUGCAAUUAGGAUGCAGCCGUGAGUUGACUGACUAGUUUACAACAAAUUAAAUGCACCAGAAUGGGAAAUUGUUGUACAUAAACUAUAUUUUGUAAAUAUUAAUUUUUUAUAUGUUGAAAGUUAAAAAUAAAGUUCUGGAAGAAGUGUUGGCAUGUA